UGCGCUGCGCUGCGAGGAUCGAGGAGGCUGAAGGGCGGUCGGUUUCGAGAGGUAUAUUACCCAUGCGCGCUAAGCACAAGGGGUGGGGGGCAUGACUUGCAGAAUAACAAUGUCUCACGCUGAGACGCGGGCCACAACCUCCAUGGAGGCAGGAGAAGCGGCCAGUCGAGAGCUAAAGUUUGCAGUGAGAGAGGUGGUGGGAGCCGCCAUGGGCCACCUGGGGACUCAGAGACAGCGGUCUUGUGAGGAGGUCUUGACUCAGCUACCACUUCUGGACAACAGCUUCUACUGUUAUGAGCUGGUGAGACAGCUCCAGUCCCUUAUCUCCUCCCACCUGUCUCCCAUGGUGACCAGGAGGGUGGGUGGAGCCAGGCUGGAGAGAGAGAACUUCCACUAUACUGCUGCUGUCAUCACCGAAGACAUUCUGGAGUCUAACCAGUAUAAACAGAUCUGUCAAUCAUUUACCUCAGCUCUCAAGGAGACUGUGCAAGAAUUGUUAGAUGACUCCACCCACCAGCUGCUAAGCCCCGCCCCUCACUCCUCCCUCUCUCAGACCACUCAAUACUUCAGUCUGGACAGCUCUCUGAACUCUGACCUCUCCCAGAUGCUGGGCCAGACAGCUCUCUGGUCCACAGACCAGCUGGUGGCCAUAGCCGCUGACCUCGCUCCCUCUCUGCCUACUCAGGUGAGGAUUGAGGCCAUGCACCACCUACUACAGUUCCCUAUUGGAGACCUGGUUGCCAUGGAUACAUGGAGUCAGCUGAAGCCAGUGCUGUCGGGGACUCUGAUGGACUCUGACCCCCGCCUUGCUGGGAUGAGUCUGACUCUCCACUGUCACCUCCUCUCCUCCCACUCCCCCACCUCCUCACUGGAGGCACUCCUCUCACUCUCCCACAAUCUCUCCGCCUUCUUCCUCGGGAAAGAGGGUGUGGCUGUUACCAUGGCAAUGGGAAUAGACCCUGCAGAUGAUCGCUCACUGACAGUUAUCCAGAGAAUGAACCUGUUGAACAGGUUUCAGAGAGACGUGGUGUCGUACUGGAUCAGGUUUGGACACAGGACUGUGGAGGACAUUGUUAGGGCCACCUUUGACCUUCUGUCGCUAGGCAACGACACACUCGGCCAGCUGCGUCCUAUCCACUACCUCAGUCUGUUGGACCCAACAGCUCAGUGGGCCAGGGACUGGACUGUGAGCCAUGGGACAGUGGAGGUGGGAGGGUCCACACAUGAGGCUGCUCCUUGUUCCAAGGGAAUAUAAGUUAAAGAGAAUGUGUCAGUAAGUAAGGGCUAAAUUUAGAAAUGCUACUAAAGAUAUAAGGAAACAAGAAUGCAUUUAACUUUUUAGUAACAUUUAGCCCUUAUUAUAUUGCACAUUGCCUUUAAAAUGGGGACCCGAGAAGUGCAAAUCCUUUAGUUUGUAAUCUAGUUAAUCUAGUGUGUGGCUGGUGAUUGUGGGUUAGGCACGUGUUCAGCCCUUGAUUGUAUUCCACACACAGCAUGGAGAGUUCAGUCGCAGUGUGGUAGUGGAGGUGAUGAGAGAGAGACCUGGACUGUUGGAGGAUGCAGUACGUUGUCUGAUGUCCUCUAGACUGCGAGGUGACAAGCAAAACCAUCUAAAACCCAGCACAGGUUACUACAAUGAGGGCAGUCUCCACUACCUCCACUUCUCUCACUCUCUUUCUCUCUUUGGACAAGUGGUGAGGUGGAAGAAUGGAAGAAAACUCUUCCCCAUCACACUUGACAUAGGAAAAUGUGAGCAUACACUUCCAACUGCUGUCGAGUACCACGAUUUCCUUGAGAAUCCAAACAGAUUUGUUUCAGGAUUGUUGCAUACUGAUUUUUUUUCAGAGUGGAAGAAGGAUAAAAGAGUCUCGGCAUGCUUUCUGAGUGUGAUUAAUUGGUGGCUUUAGAAAGUUGCAUACCUCAUAUAAGUGUGAAUCAAGGACACUGCAUUUAUGAAAUUGUUUCAUAUUAGUCGCAGCAUGACCUUCUUUAGAAAAUUCCACUGUUGAUCGACAAAAAAACUGUUGCAGUGAUGACUUUUUUCUUGGGGCAAAAUUCUAAAUCAGGAGUGGGGAGGGGCCUAGCUCCCAAAACCACGAAUGUUCUGGCAUGGCAGCCAGCACAUACAGU